GUCAACAGCUGCUGGGUUUCGUUUCGCAUCAGCUGGAGCUGUUGGCGGGUGACGAGAAGAAUCCCCGAGGCUGUUCAUCUCUUCUUCUGCAGCUAACGGGUGUGAAAACCGUCAGUCAGUAUGGCCACGGCGCAGUCGAUGCUGCUUGUCGCAGUUCACAUUCUUCUCAUCUCGGAGUUCAUCCUGGCUAAGAGGGACUACUACGAGAUCCUGGGGUUGCCCAGAGAUGCCACGGAGCGCCAGAUCAAGAAGGCUUUCCAUAAAUUGGCUCUGAAGUAUCACCCUGACAGAAACAAGGACGCAGACGCAGAGGCGAAGUUCAGAGAAAUAGCAGAAGCUUAUGAAACGCUAUCGGAUGAUAAGAGGCGGCGAGAGUAUGACCAGUUUGGCCACUCUGCCUCAUCAGGAGAAGCUCAUCGAGGAGGCGGCGGCGGCGACGACUACAACUUCAGGCAGCACUACCAGUCCUUCAACUUCAAUGACAUGUUCAAAGACUUUGACCCGUUCGGUCAACAACACCAGCACCACUUCCACUCACAUCAUCAGUCGCACCAAAAGAGACACUUUGACAGCCACUUCCAGGCUCACAAGGAGGCGAUGAACCGGCAGCGGAGAAGCUUCCAGCAGGGGAGCUUCGGCGGAGGAAUGUUCGACGACAUGUUUGAGGACUUGGAGAAAAUGUUCUCCUUCAACACGCACACUUCCAGGACUGAGAGCAGAUUUCAAGGCUCGGUGAAGCAGCACUGCAGGACGGUGACUCAGCGCAGGGGGAACAUGGUGACCACCUUCACUGACUGCUCCUGAGACCAGAUGAAGGAAUUUAAAAAAAUGUUGGGACGCUGCACAAUUUUUAGUUGCGGUGUUGAAAUCGAAUUGAAUGCUAAUUUAUCACUUGGUUUGGCUUUUGUAACGCGUUGCGUUUUUUUUUUUUCUCCCCCCGCAAAUAUCUAAGCUGGUCAAAUUAGUGGCUGUUCUGAAGCAAUAACAAAUCCACAGUUUUUGAUUAUAGCACGGGGAAUAAGUCUUAGGACCAUUCAAAUACCUCCCCUUUAUUCAGCUUUCCUUGUUUAUUGUGUUUGUUUCGGUUCAUUAUGACUGUACGGUUCCGACACUCGGGUACGGCCCACGUUUAAAUGACAAAAGCUUGUUUUCCGUCGAGGGCAGGAAGGCAAUAAGAGUUCUCGAAAACCGUCUUUGGUUCAGCAGCUUAAUCAGGCCACUUUUGCUGUCUAACUUCGA